AUGUCUUUCUUUCCCACACCGAUCGCUUCGCUCGACAGUGCAGCCUGUCAGACAGGCGCACGCGAAAGGCUUAACGGUCAGACAGACAUACAGACAGAUAGGAAUUCCUGUUCAACACGCGGACAAUCCUCUCCACCGGUGACCACAAACCCAAGUGCGGAUGAGCGUGCAAGCAAGGUUCGGAAGCGUGCAAAAUCUUAA